AUGCAAUCUAUGCUUUCGAUUCUCCUCUUCUUGCUCGCCAACACUACCGCAGGCUACCUGGCCCCAAACCCGCCUGGUAAAUACAAUGUCACAUUGACGACUGGUCCCCUGAUCGACUACAGCCGCAAUGAUCCCUAUGCCGCAACGCCGACGCCGCGGGCAUUGAUGCUGUCAGUCUUCCAACCUGCGAGAUGCGCAUCCACUAUGCCGGUCCCUGACAUGCCUGUCAAAACUGCCGAGUACCAGGGGCCAUUUUUCCAAAAGACUUUCAACAUCACCGCCAAUCUCACGCCCCUCUUUCUAGAGGCCCGCCUGCCAGUGUGUUCAGACCAUCCCGGCAGCUGCUCACCCCUAGAUGACGUCCCUAUCUUACUCCUAUCGCCUGCCUACAGCGUCCCUCGCCUCUAUUAUAAUGUCAUCGCCUCCGCCAUCGCUAGCGAGGGCUUCAUAGUCAUCUCUAUCGACCACCCCCGGGACGCCAACAUCAUCGAAUAUUCCGAUGGCUACGCAGUCUACAACAACGCCUCUAUACCGAGCAACCCUACCUGGGACACAUACCCUCGGGCCGCCGAUGCAUCAUUUAUUAUCGACCAGCUGAGCAAUGCGACCGCCAUGGCCGAGCUGCUCCCCCAACGUGGACCUCGACCGUUCCCGACCGACCGCGUCGCCAUGUUGGGACACUCUGAGGGUGGCGGAGCCGCCAUAGUCGCCGCCCAUCAGGACCCUCGCAUUCGCGGCGCCAUCAAUUGGGACGGCACAAUUUUCGGAUCGCCGCCCCUGUCUGGAUUGUCCCAGCCAGUACUGUUCAUGGGCCAUGAUUACGAUCCCGAUCCUACCUGGCUGGAGGCGUGGCCGCAACUGAAGGGGCCGAAGCUGCUUGUCCACAUCGCGAAUACAACUCACCAGACCUUCACGGAUGUGCCCACGCUGCUCCAGGCGGCUGGGCAGAGCACGGUGCCAUUCGGGGAUCUGCUGGGCACGAUUGCACCUGCCAAGAUGAUGCAGAUUCUAACGACGUAUACGGCCGCGUGGAUGCAUGGGGCGUUCAGAGGCAAGGAGUGGGUGCCGGGCAAGUUUCCUGAGGUCUCAGUUACGAUGGAAGGCGGUUUUUAA